AGAAUGCAGUAUGCAAAGAAGAGCUGAUAAUGUAGGAGUGGUCAGUGGUGGGAGUACUCAGCAACAAAACAACAACAGCUACUUACAAACAGAAAAGCUCCGUUGGAUCUUUAUGUAAGCUUCUCUCUCUCUCUCUCUCUCUCUCUCUCUCUCGCGCGCGCGCGCGCUGUUUUCUGUGGGUUUCUUACACAUUUUGAGUUUCUGGAUCUAAGAUGUUGAAGAGAAUUGUGUUAGUCUUGCUUAUUGGGUUGCUGGCAUGGGCAUAUCAGAACACCCGCCCUGCACCUCCUAAAAUCUGUGGGUCGCCCGGCGGUCCACCCAUCACAGCUCCUAGAGUAAAGCUGAGGGAUGGAAGGCAUUUGGCCUACAAGGAGCAUGGUGUGCCAAGAGAAGUUGCCAAAUAUAAGAUUAUCUAUGUUCAUGGCUUCGGUUCUUGCAGACAUAAUGAGCUGAUAGUAUCAAACACAUCUCCGGAAGUUGUCCAAGAGCUAGGUGUUUAUGUUGUGUCUAUCGACAGACCUGGCUAUGGAGAAAGUGAUCCCGAUCCUAACCGAACAGUGAAGAGUAUGGCUUUAGAUAUAGAAGAGCUUGCUGAUCAGUUGGGACUUGGAUCCAGAUUUUAUGUGAUUGGAUUUUCUAUGGGUGGCCAAGCGGUCUGGGGUUGCCUCAAAUAUAUUCCUAAUAGGCUAGCAGGAGCAACACUAAUUGCUCCUGUUGUGAACUACUGGUGGCCAAGUCUUCCUGCAAAUUUGUCCACAGAGGCCUCCUACAAACAACCAGUAGGGGAUCAAUGGAUACUCAGGGUUGCUCACCAUUUUCCAUGGCUAACAUAUUGGUGGAACACUCAGAAAUAUUUUCCAGCUUCCGGUGUAAUAGCUGAAAACCCUGAAAUUUUCUCACCUCAAGAUUUACAAAUUUUUGUGAAGAUUUCUGGUCCUCAGAGAGAGAAAUACAAGCCUCAGGUGAAGCAGCAAGGAGAAUUUGAAUCCCUCCAUCGAGAUAUGAUGGUUGGAUUUGGUAAAUGGGAUUUCGAUCCCAUGGAUAUCGAGAACCCUUUCAGUAACCACGAAGGGUCUGUGCAUAUAUGGCAGGGCGAUGAUGAUAGGCUUGUGCCAGUUACGCUGCAAAGGUAUAUUGUCAACAAACUUCCAUGGAUUCAUUACCAUGAGAUACCAGGGGGCGGACACAUGUUUCCAUAUCUCGAUGGCAUGAGUGAAGCCAUCUUAAAGGCUCUUGUAUUUGGUGAGAAGUAGCCUACUUUUGGCAUGGAGAUAGAUGUUCUUUUUGGUCUUCUUACUCUACUUUGUUUGAUUUUCUACUUGAUAUAUAUUGAUUUUGAGAUAGGAGACCACAUAAUGUAGAUGUUGUUGUACAGUAUGGUAGUUCUAGAGAUGUACUGGGACAGAGUAUCCCCAAAAAGAUUCUAUUAACAACUGAAAGCAUUCCGAGCACUGAUUUCACAUUGGGAAAUUCAGUUUUCUCAAAAUGUCAACAAACAGUUUGCAUGAAUGCUAGAGAAGUUAUGAAAUUCCAUUUGAAA